UUUCAUUUACUGUUAUUAUAUUUUUAAUUCCCUAAAAAAAGGGUUCUCUUAAUAAAAACAAGUGAGAUCUACUGUGUUUGAUCUUAUGCCCGAACGGUCUAAACCCUAACCUUCUCAUAUUUAUUCCAUUUUUUUUCUGAAGUGUUUGAUUGGGAGCUUAGAGAAUCAUGGCUUAUGCAUCUCAUAUCAUCAAUCAUUCUAAAAGGUUGAGGAAUGUUCCCAAAUUAUUGCGGUACGAUCACGCUGUUCUAGUUCGUUGGUUUUCCAAUGGAGCACAAUCAUCUGUUUGUAAAAGAGAAGAUGUUGCAAAGAUCCGUCCUCUUGGCUAUGCACCUGCAGAAAGAGAGACUGUAUCUAAGUUUGUUGGUAGUCACCCUGUAUCAUAUUGUUUAUCUAAGAAGACUCUUUCUAGGACAGUAAUGAGAUCAGGAAUUCCAAUGGGUGGUGUGGUUUGCAGCAGAGGACUUUUAUGUUCACAGGCACUUUCUAGGAGAGGAUUUGCAUCUGAUGCAGGCCUUCCUCCUUGCCAAGAAAUUGGAAUGCCUUCACUCUCACCCACAAUGACUGAGGGAAACAUUGCUAGGUGGUUGAAGAAAGAGGGUGAUAAGGUGUCUCCUGGUGAAGUGUUGUGUGAAGUUGAAACUGAUAAAGCAACAGUGGAGAUGGAAUGCAUGGAAGAAGGUUAUCUUGCUAAGAUUAUAAAGGGAGAUGGGUCAAAAGAGAUCAAAGUUGGUGAGAUAAUUGCCAUCACUGUUGAAGAGGAGGGGGAUAUUGCAAAGUUCAAGGACUACAGUCCUCCAGCAUCAGAUUCUGGUGCUCCUGCUGCAAAAGACUCAGCAGCUCCUCCCCCGCCAAAGCAGGAGCCUGUUGAACAGCCAGCUAGUUCACCAGAGCCUAAGACUCCCAAGCCUACUUCCUCUCCUUCAGAAGAUCGCUUUUUUGCAAGUCCUCUUGCACGAAAGUUGGCUGAAGAACACAAGGUACCUCUCUCAAGUAUCAAAGGAACAGGUCCUGAUGGACACAUUGUAAAGGCUGAUAUUGAAGAUUAUUUGGCUUCACGCGGGAGGGAAGUUUCAGCACCAACUCCUAAGACAAAGGAUGCAAAACUUGCAGCUUUAGAUUAUGUGGAUAUCCCUCAUUCUCAGAUAAGAAAGGUCACAGCAUCACGCUUAUUAUUCUCAAAGCAGACUAUACCACAUUAUUAUUUAACAGUGGAUACAUGUGUUGACAAACUUAUGGAUUUGCGGAGCCAACUCAACUCAUUACAGGAAGCUUCAGGUGGGAAGCGUAUAUCUGUCAAUGAUCUUGUAAUUAAGGCUGCUGCAUUGGCUCUCCGAAAGGUUCCUCAGUGCAAUAGUUCAUGGACAGAUGACUAUAUUCGCCAGUUUAACAAUGUGAAUAUUAAUGUAGCUGUGCAGACAGACAAUGGACUUUACGUCCCUGUUAUCAGGGAUGCUGAUAAGAAAGGUUUGUCCUCAAUUGCUGAGGAGGUCAAGAAUUUGGCACAAAAAGCCAAAGAGAACAGUUUAAAACCAGAAGAUUACGAGGGAGGCACAUUUACAGUGUCAAACUUGGGAGGGCCCUUCGGUAUUAAGCAAUUCUGUGCCAUCAUUAAUCCUCCACAGUCUGGGAUUUUAGCUGUUGGGUCUGCUGAGAAGAGGGUUAUCCCUGGCUCGGGUCCUGACCAAUUCAAGUUUGCCUCGUUCAUGUCUGUAACUCUAAGCUGCGAUCAUCGAGUUAUUGAUGGUGCGAUUGGUGCUGAAUGGCUGAAAGCUUUCAAAGGGUACAUUGAGAAUCCAGAGUCAAUGUUGCUCUAAAUCAAUGGUGUUUGUUUCUUUAAAUUAAACACACUUUUUUGCUGUGAUCAAUUUUCAUGAUGGCUUGAAUCCAAUACAUGUAUUCCUGAUUUUCUUCGGGAGUAGUGCUUUCACUGUAAACCAAUUUAAAUUUUUUUGGGGAAUAAGGGGGAUCAAGAAUUGAGGAACUAAACUGCGGGCUGGAAUUUUCCUUUUGCAGAGUGUAAUAACCCUUUCCAUACGGAAUAUUUGGAAUGAUUUAAGGGGAUGCUACUGCUAACCCAUCACAUUUCUAGUGUUUUACUGGUCAGAAUUGUUCACUGAAUAUAAUGGUUUUGCAUCAAA